AUUGUGAAAUAAUAAAAAAAAUCUAAAUAUAUAUUGGUUUUUAGCCAAUGCUCUUUGCGCUGUUACAUAAAAUCUAAAAAAUUAAAAAUUGGUAUUAGUGAGCUAAAAUGUGGAAAUGUCUUGUUAACUGGACAAAUCGGCGCACAGUGUGAGAGAAAUUCUACGCACCAAUGCGCGAAAGCCGUUAUCAAAAUUCCUGUUGCGGAAGUGUACUACAACUGAUAAACGAAAGUUACGUUUUUCAUUUGUGCUUGCUUUUGCUGAUAUUAUCUGUGUUGAGUGCCUACUUUCAAAUAAUCGAGCAUGCAGAUCAACAGAUAAAGUAAAUUAUCAUUGGGUUAACCAGCAAAUUGUAUACUCACUUCAAUUGAUUACGCGGAUACAUGUACUCUGACAUACAAAUACAUACAUACUUAUGUAUAAAACAUCAAUAACAUUUGGCCCACACUCAGAUUGAUGUUAUCAAAAGAAUAAAGAUAAAAAGUGACUAAUUUUUAUCAUUCAAAAGCGCAUUAAUCAACACAAUGCAAACAAUUGUAUCGGAUCUUACACUGCCAACAACUGUAGUAACACCUGUCGCUGUUACAGCCACCACCUCAUCACCUGCAGCAACAGACACACAAACAAAGUUGGUGGCAAAUGGGAAAUUCGUCCAAAUCGGCCAAUACGAACAAAACAGUGAAGAGGAAAAUGACAAAUAUGAGAAAAGUGACUCUAGGGAAAGCGCUGAGGAGCAACGAUUUAUCGUUAAAUACCGACAAAGUUAUUAUGAUAUAACACGUUUCUUGAAAAAUCAUCCAGGUGGCAUAAAUACGUUGCGUGGCCUCAACAAUGGCGAUAUGACAACACGUUUCCUACACGCGCCCCCACACUCCGAUGCUGCCAUGUACCUGAUGAAAGAAUACAAACUAAAAUCAGCACAUUUACAAAAUGACACCAAGCGAGAGCAAAAUCUGCAUCAAAGGCAACAGAGGGUGCAUAAUGUUGAUCUGAUUGUAGCUGAUGAUGACGUGCAACAGCAACCAGUGUUUGAAGCAAGCGCGAGCGCGAAUGGUAUUGAAUUGAUUGCGAAUGCUUUGCAAGAAGAUAAAAACAAUAAUCAGCUGGAUGAAAGUAUGGAGCAUCUGGUGGACUGGUCAAAGGCCAUGCUGCCACAAAUAUCGCAAAUUACCCGCCAUUAUGACGAAUGGGUUCAUAGGCCAGUCGACAGACCAUUGCGUCUCUUCGGACCAUCAUAUUUGGAGAUGUUUACAAAAACGCCUUGGUGGGUUAUACCGCUUUUUUGGAUACCCGUUAUCUGCAAAUGUAUUUGGGAUGAGUUCUCACAAAAUUGGAGCGCACCUAGCACAAGCACCCUAUUAUGCAUCUUGUUUACAUCCGGCAUACUUUUCUGGACUUUGCUUGAAUAUAUUCUGCAUAGAUUUGUAUUCCACAUGAAGGUGACCGCCAGUUCCAAUCCAUGGUUAUGCACAUUUCAUUUCAUGAUACAUGGUCUACAUCAUAAAGUGCCUUUCGAUUCGAAACGUCUUGUCUUUCCGCCACUGCCAGGUGUCAUUAUUGCCACUAUCAUAUAUACACCUAUCAGUUUCUUAUUGCCCCAUCCACGUGCUGUGUUGGCCGGUGCACUCUUCGGAUAUCUGUGCUAUGAUCUGAUGCACUAUUACCUCCACUAUGGGAAUCCUUCAUUGCAGCACACACGCUUCAUGUACGAUAUGAAACGGUAUCACUAUCAGCACCAUUUCGCACAUCAGGAUAUGGGCUAUGGCAUCAGUAGUCCUUUUUGGGAUACCGUAUUUAAUACUCGAAUACGUUUGCGAAAACUGCGAUUCCCAUUGCGUUGGCGGUAAUUGCAGUCAAAUAAUUGGUGAACCAAAAACUAAUAAAUGUUGAUUCCUAAUAUUAGCUUAUGAACAAUGUUUUUUUUUGUAAUGAUAGUAUUUACUUUUCAUAUGUAAAACAUUACCAAAGAAGAAACCUAUACGGAGGGAACAUUCCUUAAAUAUAAAUAGUAUAUAUCUAGAUACAUACAUACAUAUGUACAAACAUAUGUUUACUAAUAAGACACAUGCUGAGACAAUGCGUUAAUCUAGUAUUACUGAGUUUAAUAACAAAGUAAUUAUGAACUGCUUUAAAACUAUUGAAAUCAUCAUCACUUUGUUUUUUGUUUAUUACUUAGUGCUAAGCAUAAAAUAAAAACUGUAUUUUCUGAUGCAUAUUUUUUU